AGCCCCGGAGCCCCGGCGGCCUAUGCUCCCGGAGCCGGCAUGGACCCGGAGCGCUGCGCGCCCUUCGGCGUGGGGCCGGGGCCCGACCUCUAUGCGGCCGCCGGGGAUGAGCCUCAGGGCGCCCAGGGGACCUCUGCCGCCGCGCCUCACCUGCACCCCGCGCCGCCCCACGGCCCGCGACUGACCCGCUUUCCGGCCUGCGGGCCCCUGGAGCCGUACCUCCCAGAGCCGGCCAAGCCGCCCACCAAGUACCUGCAGGACCUGGGGCCGGGCCCGGCGCUCAACGGCAGCCACUUCUACGAGGGCCCCGCGGAAGCGGAGGAGAAGGCCUCCAAAGCCGCCAGCUUCCCCCAGCUGCCCUUGGACCGCCUCGGGGGCCCCAGAGACGGGCCCUCUGCCAUGCAAGGCUCCCCAGGCCCCUGCCUGGCCAGCCUGCGUGUCCCUCUGUCCCCGGGACUCCCUGACUCCAUGGAGUUGGGCAAGAACAAGAGCAAGAAGCGCCGGAACCGCACGACCUUCAGCACCUUCCAACUGGAGGAGCUGGAGAAGGUCUUCCAGAAAACCCACUACCCUGAUGUGUAUGCCCGGGAGCAGCUGGCGCUGCGCACAGACCUCACGGAGGCCCGAGUACAGGUCUGGUUCCAGAACCGCAGAGCCAAGUGGCGGAAGCGGGAGCGUUAUGGGAAGGUCCAGGAGGGGCGGAACCCCUUCACGUCUGCCUAUGACAUCUCCGUGCUGCCCCGAACUGACAGCCACCCCCAGCUGCAGAGCGCCCUGUGGCCCAGUCCAGGGUCCGGGAGCCCGGCUGGGCCCUGCCUCGUGUCUCCGGAGGGCAUCCCCUCCCCGUGCAUGUCUCCGUACCCCCACUCGCACGGGAAUGUGGCCGGCUUCAUGGGGGUGCCGGCCUCCCCCGGAGCCCACCCCGGCAUCUACUCCCUCCACAGCCUUUCCCCUGCCCUAGGGGACCACAGCUUCGAGCCCUCCCCGGACGCUGACUACAAGUCUCCCAGCCUCGUCUCGCUCAGGGUGAAGCCCAAGGAGCCACCCAGCCUGCUGAACUGGACCACGUGAUGAGAUGUGUGGACACGGACUCAGCUGCCGCCCCUUCCAGCUCCUGGCUGUCCCCACCCCACCCUGGACUGGAUGCCAGAGAGGACACACGUCUGCCUCUCGCCCCAGAUGGUUCCCAGAGGCGGGCGGAGCAGCUGGGACCCUCACCUCCUGCCGAGGUUUUGCUCUUAGAAUAAGGCAGGGCUGCCCAGGAGGAAAGGGGGCUUCUCUUCCCACCACACGAUAGGUCGGAGAGAGAUACCACCCUGCUUCCUUCCGACCUCGUCCAAGGCCCACGUUAUCCCUCUGGCUGACACAGCUUCGUGGGCUCCUCACUCCCGGACGCAGAGUGGGAGGACGACACAGGUUGAGCCAGGAGUUUUCUUGUGACUCAGGAGAAACCAGAACCUUUGGACGUUCCCCUGCAGGGGCCUCACUCCCUCCUCCCACCACCAGAGGGCGUGCACUGAGCGUCUGGCGCUCACCAGAACCUGAAGCUGGAGGUCAAAGGUGCCAGGCCUCCCCUUACUUCUCCCCUGUGCCCGCCCACUCCCCCAACCCACCUGCUGUGGAGUCCUCUCCACCCGUCGAGGGAGGGGGCAGGAAUUCUACCAGAAACCACGAAGUAUUUGGAUUCUCCUCCAUGGGACCAGACCAGCAGUAUACCAUGGGAACCCUGGACUCUCUUGGUUUACUCAUUGGGCGUUGGUAAGAAAACAGAUUCC